GUACGUCACGCGCCCCCCCACCUGCCGCUUCACUCCAGCCUGACACACGCGUGCGCGUACCGGGUCUGGGUGAGGGGAGGAGAGAGAAAAAUAUACAGCGUAGCGCAUGCGCGAAAAGCUGCCUACGAGGAGGGCGGGGCAGCGGCAGCACUGGUAGGCCCAAACCAACAACAUGGUGACCCGGGGGCGCUACAGACGCCUCGUCUGAGGGGGUGUCAAGGGGGCCUAGCCUCUCUCAACUACCUCAGGUCGCCAUCGGCGCGCUCGCCAUGGCCCGGCACAGGAACGUGCGUGGCUAUAACUACGACGAAGACUUUGAAGAAGAUGAUCUUUAUGGACAGUCUGUAGAGGAUGAUUUUUGCAUUUCACCUUCAACAGCUGCUCAAUUCAUUUACUCAAGACGCGAUAAUCCUACUGCAUAUGCUGAGACAUUAGAAGAAAAAUACGAUUAUGAAGCAGAACAUAGCAAUGAUUGUAUUCCAAGUCACCAGCUAACAGGUGCUGAGAAAGCUAAGCUUGAUUUGUGCCUUGAUCGCAUGAGAGAAGUGCUUGAAAAGUCUGUGCCUGAGAAAGUGAUGGUGGAAGCAGUAUUGAACAGUAAAUUUGAUGUACAACAAGCUUUGGAUUCUGUACUUGCCCAAGACAAUAAGCAAAAUAAGAUCAAGAAUGAGGAUGCCAUAAUUGCAGGGAAGGCAACAAAAGGCUUAUUUUGCUCAGAAAUAUUUUCUAGCACUAACAACUUGACUAACUCCAUUGAAAAUACUUUAGAUACCACUAAGUCCUGCUGUAGUCUCAGCAACCCUGUGGUCAAUUUUGAAUCUUGUAACGCUUCAGCUCCAGGUGACAAAACAGUCUUCAGACCCAAAUAUGUCAAAACACCUUCAGUAAAAAAGAAAAAAUCCGUUUGUAACUCCUCGGGAGCUCUUCCUAUACCAUUCAGUGACAAUGAUAAGUCACAUUAUAAACCACUGAACAAGCAGGUAACACACCCACCAACUGACAGCACCAGCACAAGUUGGAAAUCUUGCAAUGAAAGUGAUGCAUGCUUUAGUUCAGAGGCUGAAUUGCUGAAGGAAAAUUCUUCAGAAAAUGUGUCUUGGAACCCAUCUGAAUAUAAAGGAGUUGACUUGAUGGGCCUGGUCAGGCUUAACGAAACAGGUGAUUCAGCAGAUGCCCAAGAUAGUGCAUUAAUUUUUCUCCAGAAAAACUAUGAUAGCAAAAGCUGUUUGGAUAAUCCUCCUGGUUUUAUAAAUGCUUUUGGAAAUUUGAUGCUGGACAGCAAGAGAAGUUACCAGCUCAGUAAAAAGGCUGAACUAUCUGGAAAUGCCCCUUCAUUUUCACACAGUAAGGGCAGCUUCCAAGGGCAUAUCAGCACCUCUUCAGAAGCGAAUAGCUUAACAUUUUCAGUGUCUCAAAGCCCAUCACUGGCUGAUCUCCUACAGGAACACCAAGGAAGUAAUUCAAACAAACCUCAAUCCUUAUCUGAUCUUUGCAACCCAUCAGCAGGUUUCACAGACUUGGAAUUAGGACUUUCACCAUUGUCCCAACUAGCCAACCAACCUCAAAUUUCACCUGGAAUGACAGAACUGUCAGGAUCUCUAUCUUCCUUAACAUUCUCCAAGUCUUCUCCAGUAAAAGAGCUUGAGAGUUUAUCACUUUCAGAUUUAAUUGCAAAAUCAACUGCAUUGGAUAAGCCUCGAACAACAAGCAGCUGUUCUGAGCUUCGUAUACCUAAAACAGUGCAACCUACAGUUGUGAAUUCAGAUAUUGAUCUAAGUGUUCUUAUUAGAAAAUCAACAUUAUCUCCUCAACAUGUACAUGUACAGUCAGGCACUUCACUUCCAGAAAAAGACGCUUUAUUUUCAAAGCAAGGACGACAAAUGUUUGUAGCUAAAGGAAGAAAGAAGAAUCAAAAGAAAACGAGGUCACAUAUUUUGGAAGGCACUGUUUCAUGGGCAAAGGCCCUCUCUGCAACACCAUCAGCCUUCGCUAUAACUCUGUGUCUUCAUUAUCCCCCAAAGAGAUGUAAGCGCCAAACAGUUAAUCUUCACAAGGCUUUCUUAUACAGUAGGCAAAUGCAAGAAGUAAAAAUUAAUGAAACUGGACCCUUAUUAGCAAUAACACCUUUUGACUUCAAAUCGCCAUCUCCAGAUGACAUUGUAAAAUUAGGCCAAAAGAAAGCCUUCACUAGAUAACAGCACAAUGAACUAAUGCAGUUUUGAUUAUUUUUACAUUAAAAAAGAUAUUUUGAACAGGUUGACUUGGAUGGCAAAGUGGAAUGGAUGUCUUAAAUGCAAAGACAAUUGUCAGUUAAUUUUGGUUAACAAACUUUUGUAGUAAAGUUUUUGAGUAGAUGCACUGAAUUCCAGUCCUUUUUUAUCCUUUUAUUCUAUAAUUGAUAGAGGUAGAUCUUAAUCUUUAGCGCCUCAACUUUGGAAUAAUGUGUUAAGGUGCUGAAUCUUUUCUAAAUAAUUAAUAUUGAAAAAAUAUUUUUAAGAAAGAAUGUGCUAGCUCCUGCUAGAAACAACAUAUUAAUUUAUGGUUUCAGGAUUACCUUUAACAAAAAUUACACUGGGGACCAAAUUAUUAAAUACUUGCUGUGAAUGAAUUUCCAUAAUAUUUUUAAUCUCGAAUGUGUUUAAUAUGGCAUUGUUACUGUUUGUAGCUGCCUUGUGGCACAUUAGAGCUUUGUUUGCUUUGUUUUUAAUCUGUCCCUUUCUUUGAAAAAUUGAUUUGUCAGUGCAUGUUUUUGAAAUCCCCAUGGCAAAAGUAUUUAAUUUACAAAUGGCUUACCAUCAUGUUCAAACUUGGUGAGACCAGAAGUAUACAUUCAAGAGCACAGCUUGUGAAAUUUUUUUUAAUGGGUAGUUGUCAAAUGCAUUUUUUUCCUUUCACACAAAUUAUUUGGCAUUACUGUACUUUCCUGUACUCUCUGGCUUUUUCGUCACUUCAUAUUAAAUCAGGAGGUCAUGUGUGUUAGCUGUCAUAUAGGUGCAUAGCAGUGAACCACAGCCCAGUCUGUCUUCCUAGUUCAAACAUAUAUUGCACAAAUAACCAGACAUAUGCCAGCCAUGUGCUCACUUUAUUAAACUUACUAAGGUAGAAACAAAAUAUUUUAC